GUCAUCGUGCGUCAACUCCCCAGUCCCCCACCAUCAUCGUUCUACAGAGGAAGAAAGGGGGAGACGGGCAGCCUGUAUAGAACGCUUUCACAAAAAUAUGAGCGGCAGCGGGCGGCCCAGGACCAGCUCAUUCGCUGAGCCUCCCGGAGCUCCCGGAUCCGCUAUAGCCGGCGCCGGAUCAGCAGUCGCCGGCGGAAGCUCGACGGGAAAGGCUGGGGCUUCACAAGCCAGUGGAAGCACCUCGACAAGCUUCGGGAAUUUAAAGCUACCCCGUGACAGUGGCAAAGUGACCACAGUAGUGGCCACACCCGGCCAGGGCCCCGACCGCCCACAGGAAGUGUCCUACACAGACAUAAAAGUAAUCGGAAAUGGCUCUUUUGGAGUGGUCUACCAGGCUCGCCUCAUCGACAGCCAGGAGAUGGUGGCAAUCAAGAAAGUUCUCCAAGACAAAAGGUUUAAAAAUAGAGAGCUGCAAAUUAUGCGCAAGUUGGACCACUGCAACAUUGUGAGGCUACGUUACUUCUUCUACUCCAGUGGUGAGAAGAAAGAUGAAGUCUACCUGAAUCUGGUGCUUGACUUUGUCCCUGAGACGGUAUACAGGGUGGCCCGGCACUUCAACAAGGCCAAGACCACCAUCCCCAUCAUUUAUGUAAAGGUGUACAUGUACCAGCUGUUCAGGAGCCUGGCGUAUAUCCAUUCCCAGGGCGUAUGUCAUAGAGACAUCAAGCCCCAAAACCUUUUGGUGGACCCGGAGACAGCCAUUCUCAAACUGUGUGACUUUGGCAGUGCGAAGCAGUUGGUUCGGGGGGAGCCCAACGUGUCCUAUAUCUGCUCGCGAUACUACCGCGCCCCGGAGCUCAUCUUUGGCGCCACAGACUACACGUCCAACAUUGACAUCUGGUCAGCCGGCUGCGUGCUGGCAGAGCUGCUGCUGGGGCAGCCCAUCUUCCCUGGGGACAGCGGAGUGGACCAGCUAGUAGAGAUCAUCAAGGUUCUUGGAACGCCAACAAGGGAGCAGAUCCGAGAGAUGAACCCCAACUACACAGAGUUCAAGUUCCCACAGAUUAAAGCUCACCCUUGGACAAAGGUGUUUAAACCCCGCACGCCACCGGAGGCCAUCGCCCUCUGCUCCCGCCUACUGGAAUACACGCCAGUCACCCGUCUGUCUCCGCUGGAGGCCUGCGCACACGCCUUCUUCGAUGAGCUGCGCCAGCCCAACACCCGCCUGCCCAGCGGGCGGGAACUGCCUCUCCUCUUCAACUUCAGUCCCGUCGAGCUGUCUAUCCAGCCUCAGUUGAACUCAACACUCAUUCCUCCUCACGCCCGUGCACAGACGACGCCUGCCACACACGAUGGCAGUGUGUCAGACAGUACCGCCCAGCCCAGCUCAGCGCCGGGAUCCAUCAGCAACAGUACCUGAGCAGCCAACACCACAAGCAUACGCACCCCCACCACCACCACCACCACCACCACCACCACUAC